CUAGGAUGUUUGGGAAUGAGGCACAGCUCCUAUCCAUCCCUCGCACAAAACUAAACCCUCCCCUCCCCAGCAAUUUCUCCAAAACAUACACAUAUAGAAUGACCACACAGUCAGUUACAGGACCAACCUUCCCAUUCCCACCUGCACCAAACCACCGCCCAACAUCUUCAACCACUUUACGCUCCAAACCCUCAACCUCACACGAACCAGAUUCUCCCCAGAAAAAAUGGGAUUUUCCUGCUAUGAAAGACAAAGAAGCAAAAGAAAGAAAAGAAGAGGUAAACAGAAAAAUUGCAUCUCAGAAGGCAAUUUCUGUAAUAUUGAGAAGAGAAGCUACAAAAGCUGUGAUUGACAAGAAAAAAGGGAUAAGUUCGAAGAGACUCUUACCUAGGACUGUUCUUGAAUCUCUUCAUGAACGUAUUACUGCUCUGCGUUGGGAGUCUGCUCUUAAGGUGUUUGAACUGAUGCGGGAGCAGUUGUGGUAUAGACCCAACUCUGAUAUAUACAUUAAGCUUAUUGUUAUGCUUGGAAAAUGUAAGCAGCCCCAGAAAGCUCAUGAACUAUUUCUCGAUAUGGUUGACGAGGGCUGUCUUAUAGACCAUGAACCGUGUACUGCUCUCUUGUCAGCCUACAGCAGGAGUGGUCAGUUGGAUGAAGCCUUCUCACUGCUUGAGCAUAUGAAGAACAGUACUAAUUGCAGACCUGAUGUUUAUACGUACUCAAUUCUCAUAAAGUCCUGCCUCCAGGUCUUUGCCUUCGAUAAAGUUCGCCAGCUGCUUUCUGAUAUGAUAUCUCAGGGAAUCCCACCCAACACAGUGACAUAUAAUACCCUGAUCGAUGCUUAUGGAAAAGCCGGAAAGUUUGCAGAAAUGGAGUCAAUACUAGCGGAAAUGCUAGGAAAUCGGCAUUGUGAACCCGAUGUAUGGACCGUGAAUUCUACACUUAGAGCUUUUGGUAACAGUGGUCAAAUUGAGAUGAUGGAGAAAUGUUACGAGAAGUUCCAGGGCGCUGGAAUUGAACCCAACAUUAGAACUUUUAACAUACUCUUAGAUUCAUAUGGUAAAUCUGAAAACUAUGAGAAGAUGAGUGCUGUCAUGGAAUACAUGCAGAAAUAUCACUACUCGUGGACAGUCGUGACCUACAAUGUGGUAAUAGAUGCAUUUGGAAGGGCUGGGGAUUUAAAGCAGAUGGAGUUUUUGUUUAGGUUGAUGCAGUCAGAAAGGAUCAAGCCGAAUUGUGUCACGUUUUGCUCUCUUGUGAGGGCUUACGGAAGAGCGGGAAAUGCUGAAAAAAUUGGGAGUGUUUUGCGCUGUGUAGAAAACACGGAUGUAACUUUGGAUAUCGUGUUCUUCAACUGUCUGGUGGAUGCAUACGGGAGGAUGGAACGAAUUGCUGAAAUGAAAGAGGUUGUUGAGAUGAUGAAGAACAAAGGAUGUAAACCUGAUCUUGUUACUUAUAGAAGCAUGAUCAAAGCUUAUACACUGGCUGGAAUGGCAAGUCAAGCAAAGGAGUUGAGAGAUUUCAUUAGAUCUUCAGAGAAAUCUUUGACAUUCAAGGACAAGAAUUGAUAAUGUAUAGAAAUUCUUUUUUACACUUUUAUCUGGUUUAUCUAACAGAGACGGAAAUUUCGUACGUGUAGAAUUUUUAAUCAUUAUUAUUUUUGAGUUAAAUGUAAUACUAUA